AUGUCCAAAUUUUGUGAGUUCCACAACCGAUAUGGUCAUGAAACGAACGAAUGCAAAGUUUUUAAACACAAAGUUGAAGAAGCCAAGAAGACUGGAAAAUACUCGACACUGUUAAAAGGCAUCAAAGAGCCAGCGCCAAGGCAAAACAAUGGGAAAAAUCUUAUGAUAGAGGCUCCGGAGGCUAAGGCGGAACCGUUGGAGGAAGUAAUCGCAACAGUCCUCUCGGAAUGUCCAACAUCAAAAGGAGCAACAAUUAGAAAUGAGGCCUGGAAGAAGGUGGUCAUAAGCUUUCCUCCAAUAGAAGAUAAAGAGGCAUCGGAGGCCCCAAUCAUAAUAGGAGCCGUUGUUGGAAAUCAUCCAGUCAAAAGGAUACAUCUGGACACCGGAAGUAGGACAUGGUCACUGGGAGAGGUCACACUUAAUGUUACCAUUGGUGAGGCUCCGCGUACAAGGUCUGAAGAAUUGACUUUCAUAAUAGUACGGGCGGAGUCACCAUACAAUAUUAUACUUGGCCGACCAGCAAUGAGAAAGUUAGGAAUGGUUCCAUCUCCGGUCCAUGCAAUAGUAAAAUUUCCAACCCCAAAGGGGAUAGGAUCCGUCAAAACUGAGCCCCGACCGGAGGUCCAGUGCUCCCAAAUUCGAGCUCUGGAUUCCGGAAAGUGCUCUAAACAGAACGAAAAUUUGAAGAUAGAAACAGAAAAGAUAUUCAUCAAUGACAAGUUCCCAGACCAACGCAUUAUGAUUGGUAAACAAUUGCCAACUGAGUACAAGAGGAAGUUGAAAGAGGUUUUAAAUAAAAACAAAGAUGUCUUUGCCUGGACUCCGGCAGACAUGACGGGUGUCCCAAGAGAGCUGAAAAUAAAUGGUGAAGUUUUUGAUACCCAGCACCGGCGAAACACAAGACCACAUCUGGAGCCCAUCAAGCAAAAGCGCCGCAGCCUAGCUCCGGACAGAAGCAAGGCUGCAAAAGAGCAGGUGGAGGAUUUGGUGAAAGCAAGUAUCCUCAGAGAAGUUAAGUAUCAAAGCUGGGUAGCAAACCCAGUAAUCAUAAAAAAACAUGACUGGGGAUGGAGAAUGUGUGUUGACUUCACUGAUAUCAACAAAGCAUGCCCCAAAGAUUGCUAUCCUCUUCCAGAAAUAGAUUGGAAGGUUGAGUCACUCGUAGGCUUCAGCCUAAAGUGUUUUUUAGAUGCAUACAAAGGCUACCAUCAGAUACAAAUGCAUCUGGAUGAUGAAGACAAAAUAGCCUUCUACACGUCCGAGGGAAUCUUCUGUUACAAGAAAAUGCCUUUUGGCUUGAAAAACGCAGGAGCAACAUAUCAAAGAUUAGUGGAUAAGGCAUUUGGCGGACAAAUCGGGAGAAAUCUAGAGGCUUACGUGGAUGAUAUGGUUAUAAAGAGCAAAUGUGAAGAAGACAUGCUUUUAGACAUUGAAGAAACUCUCCGGAUGCUCCGCCACAUAAACAUGAAGUUAAAUCCCAAAAAGUGUUCUUUUGGAGUAGAAGAGGGACAAUUUUUGGGACAUGUCAUUACAAGAGAAGGAUUCAAAGCAGACCCAGAGAAGAUCAAAGAUAUUCAAAGCAUGAAGGCUCUGCAAACUCUGAAGGAGGUUCAGAGCCUCAAUGGCAAAUUAGCAGCCCUCCAUCGUUUUUUAUCCAAAUCCGCAGAUAGGACUCUCUCCUUUUUUCAAACAUUAAUGGGAUGUUUAGAAAAACAACAUUUCAAGUGGACAGAACAAGCCCAAAAGGCCUUCACGGAGCUAAAAAAUUAUAUCUGUCAAUUGCCAACGAUGACCGCUCCGGAGCCCAGAGAAACUCUCCAGAUGUAUCUGGCAGCCUCCGAGGAAACUAUAAGUGCGGUUUUGAUAACAAAAAGAAAGGGAACCCAACAACCAGCGCAUCCCAUUCAGGUCUUAACAGACAAGCCAAUUAAGCAAGUCUUGACCAAGCCAGAGGCCUCCGGAAGAUUGGCGAAAUGGGCAAUUGAAUUAGGAGAACACGAAAUAGACUUCAAACCAAGAAACUCAAUCAAAGGACAGAUUUUAGCUGAUUUUCUCGCAGAGGUUCCGACAGUCGGAGCAAAAAAUAAAAGAAAAGCUGAUAGCAUAGCAAAAAAGGAAGAACCGGAGGAACACGAAAGCAAGAAUACAUGGAAACUUUUUACGGAUGGAGCCUCCUGUGCUGAUGGUUCAGGAGCAGGGUUGAUUUUGACAAACCCAGAUGGCCAAGAAUUUUCUUACGCCUUACGAUUUGAAUUCAAAGCCUCCAACAAUGCUGCAGAGUAUGAAGCUUUACUAGCAGGUCUACGAAUAGCAAAGCAAAUGAAGGUGAAGCACAUUCAUGCUUGUGUAGAGUCCCAAAUAGUGGCUUUUCAGGUAGACGGAACGUAUGAAGCCAAAGAACCAACAAUGAAGAAAUACUUAGAGAAAGUAAGGCAGAUAAGGCAAAGUUUUGAAAGUUUCCGAAUACAAAAUGUCAGUCAGAGCCGGAACAAAAUAGCUUAUGCUCUAAGCAAACUGGCCUCCACUUCCUUCGCACACCUAACUAAAGAGGUUCUUGUUGAAACAUUACAAAAAAGCUCCAUCGAAGAAGAAGUUGUUGUGGCACCCGUACAAGAAGAAGAACAAACUUGGAUGACUCCGAUCAUUGAAUACCUGACAAGCGGUUUGUUACCCGCAGGCAAAGAAGAAGCGAGAAAAAUCCGGAUCAAGGCUCCGCAAUAUUCCCUCCGAGAUGAGGGCCUCUACAGAAAAUCUUACUUGGGCCCAUUAUUGAAAUGUGUUGGCCCUAACCAAGCAAGAGCAAUCAUCCAAGAAAUACACCAAGGAUGUUGCGGAGCCCAUGCCGGACCAAGAAUGGUGGUCGCCAAAAUUACUAAAAUGGGGUACUAA